UGAGAUCACAUAGGAUCCACACCAUGUCGCUCAAAGGCUAUUACGAAGCCUCGUUGCGUCCGCCGGCCGAGGAUGAUGUGUUUACGGCGGCGGCGGCGGCGACAAAGUGGGACUGGGGGGAAGCCCUCCUGGACCGCGCCGCUUACAUGGUCGACAAGGUAAACCACACCUCCGCCCGCUGUCGAUUCAGGCGGGACGUCCUGGACGAGAGGGAGGUGGAAAUGCGGGUCACCUUGUGCCUCGCCCCGCCGCCUCUCGUCUCCUAUUUCUGCUGCCACGCCUACUACACCGACGACAAAGGAGAAGACAACCGAUUGUUCAUCAGCGAGCCGUCCAUGUUUGCCAUGGAGGGUGACCUUGCACUUAUCACCCUCUGCCACGGGAAAUUCCACCCCUCCGCCAUCAACGGCAACAAGGGCUAUUAUGAAUACUUGGUGUACCAGGCAGGGAAGGAGGAACUCACCCGGCUCCCGCACCCCGACCCCUGGAUGUUGCCAAAUGAGAGAUCCCACUGCUUCAAUUCCACUUCCAUUGCUGUCGUGCCUUACAGCAGCAAAAUUUCUCCCAAGGAUGAUGAUGAUGCCUACAGAAUCGCGGCGCUUGGCAAGGACUUUUUCCACGACUCUGCUAAUGGCCCGCACUACCUGUGCAUCUACGACUCCAAGGCCGGGGCCUGGACCCGCAAGGCAGGUGCUAUUCCACAGCCGCUGCCGCCGCCAUCCGACUUCAUCUCCGACAUGUCCAUCACCAUCGGCGGGAACAGCGGUGGCAUCGUGGGCUGGGUCGACCUCUGGAGUGGCAUGCUCCUCUCCGACGUGCUAGCCGACGACACCCCCUUCCACCAGUUCCGCUAUGUCCCCCUUCCCGAGCCGAGGCAGCCGCCAAAUCGCCUCCCUCUUGCCGUUGACAUUGCAACCGCCUUUAGGGACAUUGUCCUUGUCAAAGAGACUGGCAUCAUCAGGUUCGUCGACCUUCAGGUCCACGGCGAACCCGGCAACCCUUUCUCAGAAACCCCUAGUGGCUGGACGGUGGUCACAUGGACAAUGGAGGGGCUCCGUAGGGAUUCGGUAACCCUGGGUGAUAUGCGUUUCAAGCUGGAGCAUGAAGUCCAUUCUUGUGAUAUUGAAAACUACGAUUUGCCCAAAUCUGUCUUUGUUUCCAACCCCAUUCUCAGCUCCCACAAAGAUGGCAUAUUGUACCUCAGGACCACUGUCAGCAGCAAAACCGACAGGAACUCGCGAGUUAUCGCCGUUGACAUCAAGAAUAAGAAGCUGCUGAAGGUGGGUGAAUUCGAUAUGCGAAGACCCAACACCUACAGGCGCACUACCAUCUCCAGCUAUCUCAAGCCCCCAGUUUCAAAGGAGAAUAUGAAACGAGGAGCUCCAGUGUCUGCGGGAUCCUACUCACGCAAGAGGCCACAGCAGCAGCCUGCCAUCACUAACCCAGCUGAAGGGGGAGAGGGUGAUGCCGGGGAUGCCAUGGACUGGACUCACAGUAGUUGAUUUGUUUGGGAAUGAAUGCCUUCGAGGUCCAUACCAUCAUUAUGGUUUCUUUGCUUUUCAACCCAUGCCAACCCAACAUCGGAGAAGUACCCAGGUGGAACGUGGAGAGAGUGUCUGCUUGUGCUUUCUUGUUAACUAGUCAGAAUCUGAAUUUUAUUUAUUGUAAGGUUCUAGAAGAUUCUGUAGGAAUGUAUGAUGCAUGAGGUUGAGGCUGGAAGACGAUUGUUAAUCCCUCCGAUCCAAAAUAAGUGUAUGUAGGUAUUUAGAGCUUCUGCCUGUUUGCUCUACCAAUUACUAUUAUUAUUAAGUUCUAGUACAACCUGAUGUCCACGGUUUGUAAUCGCCUACUUGUGUUGAGUUUUUUUUAUAUAUAUAAGGUUAUUAUGAUUGAGAUGGUGGAUGUUUCAGGUGCGUUUUCUCAGCUACAUGAAUGCCCUGGGCGUUGUUGUCAGAAUUUGCGCG